GCGUCGCUGAUGGAGCCGGGCUCGGGGCUGCCGCAGCGCAGGUUGGGGGGCGGCGGUUUGGACCUCGGGACGGGUUCGGCUGGGGGAUCGCCGGCCCUCUCCGGGGGACAGUCCCGCCGCAGGAAGCAGCCGCCGCGCCCAGCCGACUUUAAGCUGCAGGUGAUCAUCAUCGGGUCGCGGGGUGUGGGCAAGACCAGCCUCAUGGAGCGCUUCACCGACGACACCUUCUGCGAGGCCUGCAAGUCCACCGUGGGUGUUGAUUUUAAAAUCAAAACAGUAGAGCUAAGAGGAAAGAAAAUUAGAUUACAAAUCUGGGACACAGCAGGUCAGGAGAGAUUCAACAGCAUUACCUCAGCUUAUUACAGAAGUGCCAAGGGAAUUAUUUUGGUGUAUGAUAUCACCAAGAAGGAAACCUUUGAUGAUUUACCAAAAUGGAUGAAAAUGAUUGAUAAGUAUGCUUCAGAAGAUGCAGAGCUUCUAUUAGUUGGAAAUAAACUGGACUGUGAAGUUGAUCGAGAGAUUACUCGACAGCAGGGAGAAAAGUUUGCACAGCAGAUAACUGGGAUGCGGUUCUGUGAAGCAAGUGCCAAGGAUAAUUUUAACGUGGAUGAAAUAUUUCUAAAGCUUGUUGAUGACAUUCUGAAAAAGAUGCCACUGGAUGUUAUAAGAAAUGAGUUGUCCAACAGUAUCCUGUCCUUGCAACCAGAGCCAGAAAUCCCACCAGAACUGCCUCCUCCAAGGCCACACGUCCGUUGCUGUUGACUUGUUACUCCACACAGAGUGAAAAAUAGGAGCACAGGAGGGUGAAGGAAGUAUCUGUACUACUCUGCACUACAAUCAUUUGGCAGUUUCUUGUUGCACUUUGUUAUUCGAGUCAGAGCUACACACUAACUUGUAAAUAUGCAAAUAUGCAAUCCUGUGUAGGAUUCAGCUAUAACAUUUAAUUAUUAUCCCCCCCCAUCCCCCACCGUGAUGAUGGUUCAUUCGUUGCCCCAGUGUUAUAAAUACUGUACAGUGGGUGGGGGGUUACCACAUUUCCAGUUGGGGAGGAGGAGGAGAAAUUAAAUCUAUACCUAUUCUUGACAUAAAUGUUGUAAUAGUUCUUUGUUAUUAUAAACAGGCAGAAGCUCUUCUGGUAUGAAGAUAAGUAUAUGGUGCUUUGCUAACUAUUUUAAAGACAAAAUUUUUUAAGGACAGAGGACUUUAUGUACAAAGCUUCCAUAAUCAGCGUUACGUUUCCUUUUUAAUGUAGUCAAAACUUUCUUCUGGCUGUUGCAUCUUCUGCUGACUGGAUUUAUC